GUCUCCCAGUUUCUUCAACAUCACAAGCAAUUAAAGCAAAACACUCUUAGAAACAUAACAGCUGUCUGAAUAUCUCUCUCUUGUAAUGGCAUUCUCAAAAUCUCUAGGGUUCAUUCUUCUCGCCAUUUUCUUCGUUUCCUUCACGGUGGCUCAAUCUCCGGCUCCAGCUCCAUCUAACGGCGGAGGAAGGAGGAUCUCACCGGCGCAUUCACCUAAGAAGGCGUUAUCUCCUGCACAAGCUGUCUCUCCUUCUCCUCAAACCGCGUUGACUCCAAAAUCAUCUGCCUCUCCUCCAUCGCCGCCUUCGGUGGAUUCGCCUUUAGCUGAUUCUCCUUCAGAUUUGCCAGCUGUUUCUCCCUCCUCGAUCUCUAACUCUCCUGCUCAAGCUCCCGCUCCUGUAAGCAGCGCCGUUUCGAACAGCUAUGCGGUUUUUGGAUCCGUCGCUGUUAUGUUAUCCGCCGUCGUUUUGGCUAUGUAGGUUCGAGUACUGAAACGUUUUUAGAUAUUUAGUAUUUAUUUAUUUAAGAUAUAUAUGGCUUUUGCAGAAUGAGAGAUGAUUCUUUUAUUUUUGUUCUUCUUUUUUAAUUUUGAUUUUAUAUCAGAUUACUAUAUGUUUCUCCUUUUAUUGAUCCAUCCAGAUUAAUAUAUGAUUUUAUCAAAUUCAAACACUUUUA